GAAGCCUGUUGGGUGUCCUGAGCUAGCAAAGUGUGCGAGGUUUAUUAUUACUUAACCUGUGCCCGUAUUGUUGUGUGGUUUUGUUUAAUUCAGAGUAUCAUCGAAAAUGAUCCUCACCGUGAAGCCGCUCCAGGGAAAAGAGUGCAGCGUACAUGUGAAUGAAGAUGAAAAGGUCUCCACAGUGAAGGAACUUGUGUCCGAACGUCUCAACAUACCAGCUAACCAGCAGCGGUUGCUUUAUAAAGGCAAAGCGCUUGCAGAUGAACACAGACUGAGUGAUUACUCCAUUGGGCCAGAGGCUAAAUUGAAUCUGGUAAUCCGUCCAGUGGGAGAGAGGACUGGAGCAUCAGGGAUGAGUGCCAGCAGCAGCAGCGGCACGCAGGGAGGAGUAUGGCAGACGGUGUCUGCUAUUCUUGCUCGACAUUUCAGUCCUGCAGAUGCAGCAAAAGUGCACGAACAGCUUAUUAAGGAUUAUGAACGUUCACUUCGACAACUUAGUCUAGAUGACAUUGAACGCCUGGCCGGAAGACUGCUUCACCCCGAUGGCGAGGGCAUGGACACCUCAUACAUGGACUAAGAAUGUUCAGCUCACUGUGAUUGUCUUCGGAGAGGGGCUCAGUGCUUGGAGAUGCAUACAGUGUUUAGAGUGUGAGAAACGCAGUAUCAAUUUUCUCGCAGAGCCCCAUGUGUGUGCCUAAUUAAAGGCUGAAUGAACACGGAUAACAAUGACUGUUGAUUGCCUCAACAAUAGGGCUUUCUUAUCCACGACCGGAGGACUUAGAUAAGAAAACUUAGCCACUUUGAAUUGGUCCCUGUCAUUGAUGUUGCAGUAAUGACACAAUCUUGAUAACACAAUAUUUGAAUACAAAGGAAUCCAUUCAUGAUGUUGGUUUCACAUGAUCUCUGGCUGCUAUGACUCCCAGGGGACACUACCUUGUACUGGAGGGUAUUUAUUAGUGAUGUCUGUGUUGGAUGAUGACUGGGUGUUUUUCUGUUAUCCAUCCGUAAGAAAGUAAUACAUGUUUUAUCCCAUAACAAACUGAUGGUCAUUGUAUGAUUUGUAAAUAUCAUGUUUAUAUAUAAAAACAUUAAAAA